CCAUCCAUGGACGAACACGAACAGCCCAACAACUGCCGGAGUACAAUAAAAUAAAGCGGCAAAAUUCCCCCAAAUCGGACGAGAUUAAGUGCGGAGAGGGAGAGAGCUUACGAUCGAAGGGGGCACGGGUGUGGAAGCAAGGAUUCGUAAUACACACAUUUAUAGGUUGGCUAUAUCAGUCUUAAAUGUUUUGUAAAGAAGAAUGGCGCAUGAUAGGUUUCCUCCUUUGGAUAUUUUGUUUGCUUAUAGGUGAACACAAUCUCAGAAAAUAGCUAAAUAAAACUGAAGGAUUGAAGUUAAGCAUCUACCAGGUCGUGAAGGAACUGCAGGCUUUCACAUUCUUCUAUACUCUCCCAUUAUUGAAUCUUUAUGGAUUUCGACAUAGGGAAUAAGCUGUGAGCAUCGAACUGAUAGACACCGUUUGCUGAUGGAUCGAGUAAAUAACUUAAAUGGACUUGAAUAUGUAAUUGGUAUAUCAGGUACUAAUGAUGCUUCAACCUCUAUCCCUGUGCAAGCUGAUCACAGUAACCCAUGUGGAACACUUAGUGAAGAUAACCCUUCUACAAGCAGUCCAGCCUCUCAAUUGGUUGUGUCAUCAACAAAUGCGUCUAAUUUGACAAAUUCAUCUUUGACAAGAACAGAGAACCAUGGUCGUCGCAACAGAAGUCCUUUGAACUCUGGUUUGUGGAUUACAGUUGAGCUUGUUGCUAGUGUAAGCCAAAUUCUAGCAGCUGUCAUUGUGCUAUCAUUGUCAAGACAUGAGCAUCCACGAACUCCAUUAUCUGCGUGGAUCAUAGGGUAUACAACAGGCUGUGUUGCUACACUGCCACAUCUUUAUUGGCGCUACCUUUAUCGCAGUCGUCAGAGACCUGAGCAAGAUCCAGCACAUUCCAAUCAGGAAACUACAAGGAAUAACCAUAAUGACUCUAGCUCCUAUGCUGAUGGAGCUGGCACUCACAACCCACAACAAGAAAAUAGUCUCAAUCCAGCAUUGGAGCUGGGGCAAGCUAAUGUAAAUCCUAGCCCAAGGAUAAAUGCAAUAGUUGACAAUUUCAAGAUGGCAUUGGAUUGCUUUUUUGCUGUGUGGUUUGUUGUUGGCAAUGUGUGGUUGUUUGGGGGGCGCUCCUCUGCCCAUGAUGCCCCAAACUUGUAUAGAUUAUGUAUGGUCUUCCUUGCAUUCAGCUGUAUAGGAUAUGCUUUGCCUUUCAUUCUUUGUGCAAUGAUUUGUUGUUGCUUGCCUUGCAUUAUAUCUAUUAUGGGGAUAAGAGAGGACACAACUCAUGGUAGAGGUGCUACCUUGGAAUCAAUCAAUGCACUUCCAAGUUACAAGUUCAAAACUAAAAGAAGGAAAAAUAGAGGGCAUGUAGAAAGUAACUUGGAUGGCCAUUCCGGAGAUGGGAUAUUGGCUGCUGGUACUGAUAAGGAACGAACUAUUUCUGCUGAAGAUGCUGCUUGUUGCAUUUGCCUAACAAAGUACGUUGACAAUGAUGAAUUGCGUGAACUUCCCUGCACUCAUUUUUUCCACAAAGAGUGCAUAGAUAAGUGGCUCAAGCUAAAUGCACUCUGUCCCCUUUGCAAAACUGAGGUGGGGAUCACCAACGCACAACUUUCAGACACAGAGGCAGGAAUCCAUCAUUUGGUAGAAGGAUUUGCUGAGGUAUAAAUUCAGCUCUAGAGGUACAAUACAUGCCUUCUCUUGUGUUUUCGUGCAAGAUAAUACUAUAUCGAACUUGAUAAGAAAGCCUCCAAUAUUCUUGUCACUUAGAGCUUUGGCCACUAGUUUCCCAGUGUUUUGUAUAUCGCACAUGUAUAUAAAGAUGCCAGCAAAUGUUAUUUAGAGGACAUUGGACAAAUUGUUGUCUUAGGUGUUUCUUCUUUUAAUGCAUAAUGGAUGUAUGUCUCAA